CAAGGCACACAGGGGGAUGAUAUCGUACGCCAAUGAGAGAGCAUUCCCUGAUAGUAGUUCAUGUAGGCUAGAAUCGCGUUGGUCCUGCUUUGAUCGAGCUGGAGGACACAUUCGGAAGCGAAUGUAACGUAAUGCACUAUAUUUGUAUAGCUAACGUGUUACAGCCACUCUUUCCAGCGGUCCAACAGGCAACACCUGGGUCAGGGCCGCAACUAUUUGGACAAAAAAAGUAUCAAUCUAAGUUCACAAACUAGAAACCUGCGUGCCAGAGUUAGCGUCGCUUGACACGGGCUCCAAUACAGUCGUCGCCAAUAUCAAUUCCAACAACCACGGCAUCAUGGAUCAGAAAUAUGAAGGAUCGCUGGUGAAACAGAUCAAAUCGCAGCAGGUUCAACCCAAUUCGACGAAGGACCUGCCGACUUUCUAUCGCAACAUUGGUGAAGCCCUCGACGUGCGUCGCUCGACCCAAAGCCUGUUCUCCAUCGUCCAGAACAACUGGCAAAGCAAAAAUGCCGUGGACUUCUGCUCCAACGAUUACCUCUCCUGGAACACAACGGGGCUAAUUCGUUCGAGUUUCCUCGAAGAAAUCAAUCGCUAUCCUGACUUUAGCGUCGCCGCCGGUGGUUCGAGGGUCAUGGAGGGAAACUACCCAUAUAUCGAGGAGACCGAGCAGGAAAUUGCGUCCUUUCAUGGAGCUGAAGCAGGAUUGAUUACGAGUUCUGCAUUUGACGCCAAUGUCAUGGUUUGGACUGCACUUCCCCGACCAGGAGAUGCGAUUGUGUACGACGCCUUGGUGCACGCGAGCACUCACGAAGGCAUGGAACGCAGUCUCGCGAUUCAAAGGACUGAAUUUCAACACAAUGAUGUCAAGGCAUUCCGCAAGACAUUAAUUUCAAUUCUGGACGCUCAGCCGAUGAUUAAACAAGGCAGACGCUCUAUACUUGUCGCAGUAGAAUCAGUGUAUAGCAUGGAAGGCGACGUAUGCCCCCUGCUUGAACUGGUUGAAGUGGCAGAAGAGGUUUCAGAAGGACUUGGGAAUAUACAGUUCGUUAUAGACGAAACACACAGCGGCGGAUUGUUUGGGCCGAAUGGUGCAGGCCUUGUGUGCGAGAUGGGCUUGGAAUCGGAUAUUGCGGUGCGGGUACAUACCUAUUCGAAAGCGAUGGGCGCUUGUGGAGGAAUUAUAUUCUGCAACGAAAUGAUCAAGUCCGCAUUGAUCAACUUUGCACGUCCCAGCAUAUAUUCUACGUCAUUACCCUUCCCAUUUGUGGCAGCGAUUCGCGCUGGACACAGGCUACUUGGAACACCGGAGGCACAGAGGGGCCAAGACAAUGUGCAACUCCUUGCUCGAACUUUCUUCAAGUCUUUGACAUCACAUGCACUCUGGCCAAUAGCCCAAGAGAAAGGUCUUCUUUCCGUGCCACUUGCUGACGGAUGGGAAGAACGACCGUUUCUUACCCAUAUCGUCACUAUCUGGACUCGUCAAAAGUACAUCUACUGGAUAUACAUGCAUCUACUCUCGGCCUCGUUCUACGUCUUGCCUGUUAAACACCCUGUAGUGCCAAGCGGUGAAAGCCGUCUUCGGGUCACGUUCCACGCGGGAAACACGGCCGCACAGGUGGAGGCCCUAGUUGAACAGGUCUUUAUGUGGGUAGAAGAGAUUACGACCAUUGAGGACGGAAAGACGGAUCAGAAAGUCACGAAGGCCGCCCAGAAAGUCUACACAUGGAUGAAGCGGGAAGGAUUGAAAGGGUUUGGAAUGCUUUAGUUCUCGGUACGUUAUGGAGCUAGAAAAUAAUCCUUGACAGAGGCUUAGCGUUCCAUAAUAUCCCAUGUAUGUUGAGCGGGGAGAGGGGGAUGAUCCAUAUCUGUAGUAGAAUCGAGUGGAGACGUGGGGCGAUAAAGUGGAAAGAUGCUGUAACUAGACGGCCAACUCCUGUUAUCCUGGAUACCUUGACAUAACUAGAGACUUGGAACAUU